AUGAAUAACUACGCUGUUGUAUUUUCUGGGGCACUCACCUUAGGAGCCUCUUGUUUCCUCGCGUUCCCCAGACUGCUAGGACUUUUCACAGGAUACAUCGACGAGAGAGAAUUCUUUACCAACCAAAACACCAAGACAAUAAAACUCCUGAGAGCCAUCGUAAAUGCCAGCUACGCCACAAAGAGCUAUCUAUACCGGACAUUGAACCCCGAAUACCACGAGUCGCAAAUCCCAACGAUCUCCAAGAUCAUCAUUUAUCCAAUCAAGUCUUGUGGCCCCGGAGUGCAGGUGAAAGAAUGGCAAGUGGACGAACAUGGCCUUAAACAUGAUCGUCAGUAUGCUUUGGCACAGUUGAACGAAGAGGCAGGUUUAUACACCAUAGUAUCACAGAAAUUCGUCUCCACUAGACUGACGCUUCUGAAAUGUGCUUACUUUCCUGAGCAGAAUUGCUUUGAAUACAAAUAUCCGCUUAAAAAAGAAAACGAGAUGGAUUCUUUCCGAAUCCCUGCCGAAAUAACGGAAGAAUUCAUUGCAGAGAAUAUUAAUCUUUCAGAACCUCUUCAAAUGAGCAUUUGGACCAACGGAAUACAAUGCUAUGACGUAUCACACUGCAUUCCUUCAAAGUUCUUCGAAGAAAUGGACUUGCCUUCUGGGACAAGAUUGGUUUUGUCACUCAAAGGAAAGGAGUUUAAAGAUACUUCUCCACCAAAAUCCACCUUCUACCAAGACCCGUCAACCAAUCAUGGUAAAGAAUACAGACGUACGCAUUUCCAGGAUUACUUUCCGAUUCACAUUGUUACAGAGGAGGAUAUGAGCGAUCUAAAUUUUCGAAUCAAGAAGAAGGGGUUUAAUCUUAACCGCGAGAUUAUUGACACUGCCUUCCGCCCUAAUCUACUGUUAUCUGGAACCGCGCGUCCAUACGACGUUGACACCUGGAAUCGUUUUGACAUCGAGGAUCACACAACUUCGGAAAAACAUAGUUUUACGCGCAACAGCAAAUGUAUGAGAUGCCUGAUUCCAGACAUCAACCCUGUUACUGGUGUUUCAGAUAAGGAAUUCCCAGUUUCAAAGACGUUGAUGAGCUACAGAAGGGUGGACAGUGGAGCAGCGAAACUGGCAUGUUUCGGGAACUACUGCGUCCAGGACGUUUCAAAUUUUCAAAUCCAUGUUGGCGAUCGGAUUCACAUUUUGAGUCGUAAAAUCACAGUGACUAAGUGGAGUGGAGGUGGAUUGGUUCACCAUUAA